AUGCAGAAAAAACGCUUUUGGGUUGGACACAUUAUGAGGACCGAGAUCAAUUUGUUCUGUUUACUUCUUGUACUAAGUAAGAUUUCUUUAAUUCCUCUUUAUUGUUAGUAUUUAACAAAUUUACAAGUUGUUUAAACUUUUUUUUUGUAACAAGCCUAUGAUCUUGUUUUAGAAAUAUGUAAUGUUCAUGCUGUUAAAAUUCUGCUGUAUGUCUCUCUGAAAUUUCUGAAUUUUAAGCAUAUUUUUGCUCGGAUACAUGUGAGUGAACUAUACAGUUAUACUUUGCAUUGAAGAGGAUGUUUAACAAGGGUGAAGCUUGCGAAUGAGAAGAUAAUAUUCUACAUUGACUUUUUUUGUAGUUAGUAAUACACUGAACCUUGGAUUUGAGAAGAAUUUUGAAAAAUCCCAGACACAAAAAGUUGUGUUAGAAAUAUAGCCGUGUUUAAAAAACAAAUGCUUGCAUUUUAUUCAUUUUAAAAUGCGCUAUUGUUUUGUCAAACAAGUUACGGAUUUCGUGAAUAAACCCAACGUAUUCAACAAGAAUGUAAUUUCUGUUGUGUUUUUAUUGAAUAUAGAAUAAAAGUGAUUAAUGUCUAUCUGUAUAUGUUGAUAAAGUGAUCACAGCUUUGUUUACUGCAGAAUAUACAAUUGUGGAAAUCCAUCUCCCAAGAAACACCAUCCCCCAAAAAAUCACUUAAGGGAAAAGUUAAUUCUUAGAAUCUAGGGUAGCAUUAUCAAAGUCUGGUCUUCAGAGUUUAAACAAGCUGAUUAAAUGAUGGCAAGGACAUAUAUGCACUAAAGAAAACACACUACAUGUUGUAUGUUUCAUUUUAGAAGGGUUACCAGUUAUUGUAUUGGUAAGGAAUUAGCUUUUACCCUCUGAGAUAUAGAUAUUUAAAAAAGCAUAAUGUAGACUAAUGAGGAAGGUUAACUCCUAAAUUUAGGAAGAAAAAACAACCCCACAGGAAAUUACCUCUAAUUUAUAUUCAAUAUAGGGUAAUAAACUUUAUUGGAAAAAAGCACAACCUAAACAAAAAAAGGUGCCUGUGCAACCCAAGUGUAAUAUGAAGAGAAUGUAUAUUAAGUGUUAGUUUAAAAGACUGCUAGAUCUGUACCACAGACAAUCACGCUACAGAUAUAAACUCCACACGCUACAUAUGUAGCAAUUAGAUAAAAUGGUUGAACCAAUUGGACACAAAAUAGCAAGUCGCUUUCUGUAGUGUCCUAUGGAUAAAGUGAAAUAUAUACAAGGGUAUAUCUAUGUUAAACAUAUGAGACAGGAGAUAAUUAUAUAAAGAGUCUGUUUCCCAAUGGUAGGAGAUAACCACUAAACUUGAAAGCUGAAUAGGGGGGAAAAGGAAGCUUAUUUGGCUGAAAGUGAUAUGAAUGUGUAGUCCAUAUGGCUUUAGAAAGUGAAAUAUAUGGGGGUAGGGAUAUAUAAAGAAUACACAGACAGUGUCAGAUAUAGAAUCUGAGGCUGUCUAAACCACCCCCCUGCUGCUGCAAGGUAUUAAAGGUAUACAGGCAACGGAUGUAAAGAGAACAGGAGGGGGAGCACACAUACAAGUUGAAGGUACACAGACAAAUGUCUAAUCCUCAGCUGAUGCCGGAGCCGGAGUGAUAUCAUAUUCCGGCUCCGGCAUCACUGCGGUGCACGUGAGGGAGUUGGGCAGAGAGAGCUCAGGGGAGAAUGCUCCCUCGUGCACCCGUCCGCCCGCAAACUGACACCACUGCCAGCCUCGGGGGGCCCUGAGGUGGCCAGCUCCUGGGCUCCCCAGGAGAAGAGUUUGGCAAAAUGUGGCCUCACUGGCGUACAUACCCAGGUCUCAGGGCGGCCGGGCCCCCUGGUGGUCCGCGCCCGGUUGCAGCUGCGACCCCUGCAACCGAGGUAUGUACGCCAGUGGGCUCUGCUUUUACAUUCACCUGUGACUGCGAUAUUACUAUGAUAUCUGAUAGACUUUGAAUUCUAGAUUUUAGGGGAGCUGCCUCGAAGCAGCAGGGGGGUGGCUGGGCUAGCAUUAAUAGAGAAUUAGACAUUUGUCUGUGUACUUUCAACUUGUAUGUGUGCUCCCCCUCCUGUUCUCUUUACAUCCGUUGCCUGAAUACCUUUAGUACCUUCUGAAUAGGAGGGCUGCUUUGAAUCAGCAGGGGGGUGGUUUCUGCAGCCUCAGAUUCUAUAUCGGACACUGUCUGUCGCCUUCUUUAUAUAUCCCCACCCCCAUAUAUUUCACUUUCUAAAGCCAUAUGGGCUUCAGAUAUGUGGACUACACAUUCAUAUCACUUUCAGCCAAAUAAGCUUCCUUUUUUUCCCCCCUAUUCAGAUUUCAAGUCUACUGGUUAUCUACUACCAAUGGGAAACUUUAUAUCAUGGAUGUCUAACCUUUUGACUUCCCUGGGUCACAUUGAGAGCAGAGGAAUUGUCUUGGGCCACACACCAAAUAUAUAAUAUAGAUUAUAGAUAAUGUAUACAAGUAACAUAUCUUUAAAAGCCCUUUUCUUAAUUUUGAUAUUUCAAUUGUUUAGUAGAUAACUCCCUUAUUUGUUAUCCUUGUGUGGGAUUGGCAUAUUUAAGGAUAUCAAAUUAGGGAGCCAUCCAUUAAACACAUACACAUUUGUAUACAUAUGCACACAUAACCACAGAUACACACACACACACAAUCACAGACCUAUACAAACAGUCGCAAAUCUAUGCACACAUAAUCACCGACAAACACAUACAAUCACAGAACUUCACGCACAAUCACAAAUACACACACGCACACACAGGCACACACAAUCACAGACCCACACAUACAAUCACAUACCUAUACACAAAGUAACAUACAUACACACAAUCACAAAUGUACACACACAGACACACACACUAUCACUGACCCACACACACAAUAACAGACCCACACAAACAAUCACAUACAUACACAAACAAUCAAUCAAUCAAUCAAUCAAUCACAGACCCCCACACACAUACACAGAUAUACCCACACACAAUCACAGAUCUAUAACACAAUCACAUACAUACAUACACCCACAACCAGACCUACACACAAUCACAUACUUAUAUGCACAAUCACAUACAUACAUACACACACAAAAUCACAUAUCCACACACACACCCAUACACACAAUCGCAUACAUUGAAACACAUAAUCACAGACACACACACAUAAUCACAUAUAUACACACACAAUCAAAGGCCCACACACAUAAUCACAAACUUACACACACAAUCACAGACAUGUCCUCAGAUCCCUCCCUCUCCCCCCUCCGCAAACACAGCCAAUCACUGACAAAACAUACUCACAAAUUACAUGCACACACAUUUAAUACUAAAGAAGUCUACCCAGUCUCCCUAACUUGCUCUGGGAGCACUGGAGUGGAUCAUCUUCCUGGUGGCCAAUGGUUGCUGCUGGGCUGGAGUCUGGGACCUCUGUGCUCUUCAUGCAUAGGUCUCUCGCGCGCCCAGCAGUGAUGCCGGGAUGAUGUCAUAUCACAGCUCACUUCCGGGCAGUGAGGAAGCAGUGCAGGGGGAGCACAGAAUGUAAUGGGCUCAGAGACGUACCUAGAGCUUUUGGCACGAAUUCAAAUGUAAAAAAACACCCACUAUUUUUUGUAAAUUUUUUUUUAAUGUUUUCUAAUUUAUUUUUUAAAUGCCUACUUCAAAGGUAGUAGGCAAUAAAAAACACAUUCUAAACCAACCCUCUACAAAACACCUACCCCCUUUACAAAAACCUGUGCCCAGUCUCCCCUUCUACAAAUCCCCUGCCCCUCCACAAAAACCCUACCCCAUUCCUAUACAAAAUCUCCUGCCCAGUCCCCCCUCUACAAAAUCCAUGCCUAGUCCCCCCUCUACAAAAAACACUGCCCAGUCCCCCUUCUUCAAAAUCCCCUGGCCAAUCCCACUUCUACAACCCCCCCACCUUCUACAAAACCCCUGCCCAGUCCCCUUCUACAAAUCCCGUGCCCCCACCAAAACUCUGCCCCCUCCCUCUAUAAAAUCCCCUGCCCAGUCCCCCCCUCUACAAAAUCACCUGCCCAGUCCCCACUCUACAAAAAAUUCCUGCUGCGGUCUACAGUAAUCCCUGCCCACCCCCUCUACAAUAAACCCUGCUCACCCCCUCUACAAGACCUUUGUCCACCCGCUACACACCCCUUGCACCCCCUUCACAAAAACUCCUGCCCCUUCAGUUCCCAGAGGGGACUGAAACGUUGUUCUUAUGAUCAAAUUUUAAUGGAUUUGAAAUAAAGCUUGAACCUUUUAAAUUAUUACAAGACCAUGAGUGCUGAUCACUAUUCCAAAUGUCUAUAUAUAUAUAUAUAUAUAUAUAUAAAUUGAUUUUCUCACCCCUCCUGGGUGGUAUGUUUAUUCCUCAUUCUCGGGUCCUCUACCAGAGGCCUGAGAGUUUGAGGGUUCUGCGCAGUAUCUUCUGGACAGCGAUCUAAGAUGUCCCACUUGGAAUCUGUUGAAGCCACUCCCCCAACUUGGGAGUCAGAGCCACGAGUGCACCUAUCACAACUGGGACUACUACUGCCUUCACUUUCCACAUCCUUUCUAGUUCUUCUUUCAGUCCUGAUAAUUUGCCCACCUUCUCAUGUUCCUUCUUCCUGAUGUUAUAGUCACUGGGUAUUGCCACAUCCACCACACCCACAGAUCAAAUCAUGCGUGGACACGGAGAGAGAGAACCUAGAUCUGCUUACAUAUAUAUAUAUAUAUAUAGUGUAGAUUGGAUUAGCCAUAUCAGUCAAGUAGACAAGAUGCCAUGAUACCAGAGUAUUGCAGUAUGCAAUGAUACCUUUUUUAUUGGACUGAUAUAAUAUUUCAAAGACAAGCUUUCAGGAGUUUUCCUCUCUUUCUCAGGUCUGAAGCAAUACUGAUCAAUCUGUUAGAGUUUAACACUUAAAACUACUGAUGUUAGAGGACGGAAGGUAGGGGGGUGACUGGGCUGUCAUAAAUAGCAGAAGAUGUGCCUGAAAGUGAAAGGUGCAGGUUGGCUGAGAAUAGCCAGAAAACGUAAAUAAGUUGGUUAAAAACAAAAAGACAAAACAAAAGCAAAACAGAAGAGCAGGGCAUGCAAAUAUAUAUCUGCAUAUAUGUAUGUAUAUAAAUUCAUCCAAUUAAGGUGAAGAGAUAAUUUUGAAAAAUAACUAUAUCAGACAUUAAGAUGUGUGUUUAUAAAAUGUUUUGGUAGUGUGUGAGAAAGCCAGAGUCUACAUUAACCCCUUAACACCGUUAUGGUGUUCUAUGCCGUCCCCAUUUAAAUGGGCUUUAAAGCCGUUGCGGCUGCAUAGAACGCCGUAAUGGCUUGCAACCCCAGGAGGUAAAAUUUACUUACCUCCGCCGUGAUCCUCUUUGGGAGGACUGCCACACAGCCCAGGCAGCCCUCCCACGGCAAAUCAGGCCCCCAGGGGCCAUGUGAUCGCUCUCAAAGAGCAAUCACAUGGCUCCCUAUAGCUGGCUGUGGAUCUUCCUGCAGGGGGACUGUUUGAGCUGGUGGGAAGAAUAAUACAAAAAUUAUUAAAUAAUUUUUAAAAUAAAUUAAAAGUAUUUAUAUAUAUAUAUAUAUAUAUAUAUAUAUACACAUAAUAUCUAAAUAUAUUAUAUAUAUAUAUAUAUAUAUAUAUAAACAAAAAUAAAAAUCAAAAUGCACUCACAGGUCUUCUGGUUAAUAGGAAAACUGGUGCUUUAAUAAAUCAUCUGUGAUGUACAAAGAAAUCAAUCGACGUUUCGACCCUGCCGGGUCUUUUUCAAGAUCAUAUAAUACAUGACAAGAAAGUGUUUAUAUAUAAAAUACAAAUCUAAGUGAAUAAACACUUACCCAAUGGUGAAGUGAGGAGGAGUGUGUUUGCCCGUUAGAACCCGGAAGUGAAUGGAAGCUGCACACAACGUCACGUGAUCAGGGCGUCGUACAGGGAAAAAGUGGUUGCCAAGGCAACAAUACACAAAGUAGAAAAAUCCUAUGCCGGGAGCAAGUAGAUCAGUGUGAAGCAAGGAGUGGGUAGUGUAAACUACCAAUACAAAGUGAAUGAUACAAAAGUCAGGAGAAUCGAGUACAUAAGCAGCAAGUGCUGUGCAGUGUCAUGUGAAAACCUGAGUGAUAAACGUGUGAGCACACAACAAACAAAUAUAAUAAACUGUGAAAAACGAAUACCUGACAUCAUAAAUAAAAUCAAAGCAAAAGAGCAGAGUAUAUACAAAAAUACUGUAUACAAAAUUAUACAAUUAUCUUAUACAUGAUAUCCACUAAAGUGUAUAGUAUGCAAAAUUAGUAAUAUAAUAAUUUGAUGCUAGACAAUAUGACAUAAACACCAAGUGACACACGGGCUUUUUAUAAUGAAAAAACAUCUAAACUAAAUAUAUAGCUUAGAAACCUACGAAGGAGGCUGAGGAAACCUGAAGAAUAAAGAAUCAGCUGCAUCUUAAGUAAUCCAAAAAACAUGACAACGGAGAAAUAGAUACAGAGACCAGAGCUAAUGAAAAAGAUCCUUAAAUAAACAAAGCCAAUAAAUUGAUCUAACGUGCUCUCACAAAUGGGACUGUAGCAUAUGAUUUCUCCAUACAUAUAAACCAAAAAAAAAAAAAAACAAUUGUCAAUCUAAUGCUAAAGAGAGCUACAAGUUAAUCAUAGAAGGGUGCUGGACAAGUCUCUAAAUAUAGAUGGUCUAAAAAUAAUAUCUAACUUGUAGUAUCAAGACAAUAGCACAAUGAAAAAUAAUUGCCAAGUGCGAAAAAUAAAAAUUACAGUAAAUAAUAAUAAAAGUAGAAAUUCUUAGAUAAAUGGUAUCUAACAUGCAGUGUCAAGCUGAUAGCAUAUGAGGACUCUCUACAUACCAAGUGUUAAAAUAGGAUAAAGCACCAGCAAUAAUCAAUAGACAACAAAUCUAAUAAUCUAAGUCAAAUGGAAAUAUUGCAAAAAUGUGGAAAAUAUAUGUAAUAAACAAUAAUGUGGGUAGCGGAUGAUUGCUACCUACAAAAAAAUAAAAAAAAUAAAAAAUAAAAGGUAGUUGCAGAAUGGAACUGGUGCAUACUGAAGUAGUAGGACAGAAUAUAUCUGAACAACAACAAAUAAUUAACAAGGGAAUAGAAUACAAAUAACUGGAAGUAAUGAAAAAUAAUCAUAAAAAAGAUACAUGAAAUCUACAGGUAUCUUAAUGGAGAAAACAAAAAAUAAAAAAUAAAAAAUAACUGACUAAUGGAACUAUCUGAAGCUAUGCUGGUGACAAAAAAUGUAAAGAUGUAUAUAAUAAUGCAAUAAUAGGCAUCACCACAGGGUAGAUAUACUAUAUAUGGACAUAAAAUAAGAGUACACGAAUAAUCAUAAGAACAUGGAAUAAAUGAUGUUUUCAUUUAAACCUUUGGGUGUGACCGUGUCCAAGUGGUGGAUCCAGUAAGCUUCUCUCUGUAGAAGCAUUUUGGAUCGGUCGCCACCCCGAACUAGAGGAGGUACAUGAUCAAUGCCUAUAAAUUUGAGCGUAGGACCUUGGGUUGUGUACUUUUAUAAAUGGUAUGCCAUUAUGGGGGUAAUUCUCAUUCCUGGGCUCCCACAUGGUCUUAAAGGUAACAUUACUAAUCUGGCAAAUUUUAAUGUGAACAAAAUGCAAAAUGGAAUGUGCUAUAUUUGACCCUGUAACUUUCCAAGACACCAUAAAACCUGCUAAUGGGGGGUACUGUUGUACUCGUGAGACAUUACUGAAUACAAAUAAGUGCAUUUUAUUGCAGUAAAAGCGAACAUUAUCAUGACAUUUACAGCUAAAAUGUCAGGCGGAACUACAAUUUUUGUUUUAAAUCUUAAUUUCUCUCCAUUUUUUUUUAUUUUAUUCAUAAUAAGUUAUGUUUCAUAUAUGAAUAGUUCAUGAUAAAUUAAAGCCCUGUUUCUCCUGAACAAAAUGAUAUAUAAUAAGUGUGGGUGCACUUAAUGUGACAGCGGUGAAUUACGGUUGAACAGACAUAUAGCGCAAAUUCCAGGUUUUGCUACAUUUUGUUUUGUUCAGAACGUGUACUAUUGACUCCGUUCUGAAGGGGUUAAGUCCUUCAUUUCUGGUGUUGAAAUGUGUGCUCAUUUUCAUCUCAAAUGUCUUUAGUUCAUGAGAGUCUUUGAAAUUUCCUUUAAGAACUUUAAUCCUAAUUGUUUGGAUGGAGUAAUCAGUUUGGGUGAAUUGAUGACCUCACUGAUGGGUGAAGUGAGGGGUACAAUAUCCGUUUUCCUUGUGGUUCUUGAUUGAGUGUCUGUGUAGAUUCAUUCUGAGAUGCAGUUUAAGGCCAUUUUCUCCAGUGUAGCAACCUUUGUCACACACUGUACACUGUAUCAUGUACACCACAUUUGCAGAUGUGCACAUAUAUGAUACAUGAUCCCUUUAUGUUGUAUGAUUUGUUAUGGUGUCUGGCUUGUGUGUGUUAUUGCCACAUAUACGUUGACACAGUUUGCAGGAUGAUUUGUUGCCUCGUACAGUGCCAUUAUGUGUGAGCUCCUGUUCUGUGGUUAAUUUGCUGCGGACCAAUCUCUGUCUCAGGUUAGGCGGUUGUUUGAAUGCUAGUAUGAGGGGCUCAGGAAAUAUUUUUUUGAGUGUGGGGUCCACUGAAAUGAAUGGUUGUAGCUCUUUAAUAAUUUUACGUACUCCUUCUAGAGUUGGGUUAUAUGUGAGGGAGGGGGGUUAUGAUGGUGUGAGGGAAGGGGGUGAUGAUGGUGUGAGGGAGGGGGAGUGAUGAUGGUGUGAGGGAGGGGGAGUGAUGAUGGUGUGAGGGAGGGGGAGUGAUGAUGGUGUGAGAGAUGGGGGGUGAUGAUGUGUGAGGGAGGGGGCUUAUGAUGGUGUGAGGGGGGAGGGGGCUGAUGACCGUGCAGAGGGAAUUAAGUAAGGGAACAUAGGAAGGAUGCAGAGUAACAAAACGGGUUUAAAAAAAAGUUAAAGUAAACUUUAGCAGGUUCUGUCUGUGAGAUAGCAUGUUUUUUUACUUUUCACUACAUCAACCUCCUUCUCUGUCCCAGGCUCCACUAGAUACAAGACACUUGGGAAUUAUGUCUGUUUUAGUGCUUUCUGCCUACAAGAUACUGUAAUUAAGCAUAUCCCAAUCACCAGCACAAGGCCCAAUAGACUCUUAAUCUUCACUGAUGUUAGUGAAGUGCAGGGCUUGUUUCCUGUAGUGUAAGGAAUGUUUAGUGUUAGUUAGUGUAGAGGCUAAUGUUUAGUAUAGUGUGUUAGGGCUAUUAGAGAUUAAGUUCCCCCCAUCAGUGGGGACACUUUAUGUAGGUCCCCAGAUUACUCUUAUAUUUUAGUCAGUCUGUGCCCAAUAUAUGAUCAGGGCGUGUAUAGUGUAUUUGUUUGAUGUUAGUUAUUGUCUUCCCCUUUCUCUUGUCUUAUUGUUUUCCCAGCAGGGCGUUCAAUGCAUUAUUUGUCAUUGUGCAGGUUUGUCAUUAUGAUUCUUUUUUAUUAUGUGAUUUUGUUAAAGUUAGGGUUAGUGUUAUGGUAGUGGAGUGGUUAAGAUUUAGUUGUAUAAUAGUGUGUAGGUGUUAAUGGUUUCAUUUAGGGUAGUAUACGUUUUAUUGUUUCAUGUUAGAGUUGUAUAAUGAUUAAUGUUUUGCUAUAGUGUAGUGUGCUGCACAGGUUAAUACUUAGUGUUAGUGUAGUGUACUGUAGUGUAUGUGUUAAUGUUUAGUUACAUUGUAGUGUAGUAAGUAAAUGAACUUACUACACUAUGAAGUUGCAACAGUUCCAUCUGUGGUCAGAUUGCCAAGUUUUGCCUGUUACUGUGAGUACAAGAAUCAGUUUUGGUAGAGCCAGACUGGCUCACCAGGAAACUGGAAGAUUACUGUGGAUCUGGCUGCAGCCAGGGAAACUUUUGCUUGCUUAACAGAUAAAUGACAUUUGUAUAUGUUUGGUUGAGAGGCUGUGGAUGAGCCUAGGCAUGAAAUGAACGAAGAACUGUGGAAGCCAAUCACUACCUUGCACUGCAUAAUGCUGAGGAUACAUGGCAUCAUACCAGCAGCCAUGACUAGUGAAUGCAUGUGGAGAGGCUCCAAUGUCUAAGAGGCAGAAUUACUUUAACCAAUGAUCUGACCGCUGAUGAGGAGCCGCUUAAGAAGAGUGUGCAACCCCUACACAAAUAUACACAUGCAGUACACCACACACAGAUCCCUUUACACACUUUACAUCACAAUCAGCUGCCUCACACACAUACAACACCACAUGGAGCAUCCUCACACAUGCACAACACCUAUUACCAGCCCUGUCCCACUUUUGUCCUUUGGAAUCCCUCUGUUGGGGGCACCAGAGACAAGUCAUUGUUAUACACAUCAGAUGCUUAUCAUUUAAUUUGCUUAUACUGUGGGAAAUUUUACCUCUUCCUAGAGUACUUUUAAAAGGCUGGGUCUAAGUUAUGUGAACAAAACAAUGAAAAAACACUAGUAUGUGUGAAAAAUAGAAAAUAAUAAAUAAAUAAACUUGAAAAUGUGAUGUCCUGAGUAUAUCCCACAAAAAUACCCAAAAAUAUGUAAAAAGAUAAAGAAUGAGGGAAAACCACAGUACAUGUAUAAAAUAUAAAUAAAGAAGGAUCGGCAAUAUCGAUGCUUGCUCAUGCUCAAGAAGAGUAAGGACACUGCUAAGGGACAAAAAAAAACAGAGAAAGAAAGUAUACGCACAUAAGGAAAAAUAAAUAAUAACCUACCUCUCCCAGAACAUGCAACCGGAAUGGAAAAAGCAAAAAAAAUAUAACCAGGAAGAAAAAAUAUAAAAAAUAUAUUGAAAAAUUAAAAACAAUAUAUAAUGAAACGAAUACAAAAAUAUAAAAAAUACAAAUAAAUAUAAAAUAAAAAUAAAUAUUAAUAUGAAAAUAAAAUAAUGGAAAAUACAAAUAAAUAAUAAAAAUAAAUAUGAAUAUAUAAAGCAAUGAAAUAGCAAAAAAGAAGAAAAUAGAUCAAUUUGCAUGUGAAAGUGGUGGUGGUACAACUGGUAAAAAUAAAACACAGAAAAAAACAUAUUAAAAAGGAACAAGAAAAUUGUAUUAAGCCCUUGUAAAUCAAUGUCCUGAUUUAAACCUAAUUUCAGGGUGUUUCAGUUGAAAAUCCACUGAGCUUCUUUAUGAAUGAGUUUUUGUAAUCUGUUACCACCUCUCCAGCCCAAAUUUACUUUAAUUUUUUCCCCAGCAAAAAUAUGCACAUGAGUUGCAUGGCUUAGGUACGCUAUUGUCUGUUCUUUUAUUUCUGAUGUUAUUAAAAUGUUCCAAAAUUCUAAUAUAACAAAAACCAAUAAGGGCCCCUAAGGUAGAAGUGGCCCUGUGGGGGGAGAACAGAUGUGAAGAAAAAAGAGAACCCUAACGUCUAUUAAAUCUAAGAUUAAUUAAAUUUCUUUUAAAAAAAAACCUAAAAAAACAAUGACAGGCUUAUGACACUAGAUCUCAGUGGGGACAUAGGGUAGUCAACCCACAUUCAAGGUGGGGAAUUAUAUUUUGACCACCAAAUUAAAACAUCCCCAAUCAUCACUAACUGAGAUGAGAGGGUAGGAGUGAGUACUUAGAAUAAAUAAAAGGAAGACGAGGAGAGAGGUAAUGAAUAUAACAACUCCAGGCACAAAAAAGAGAAACAUAUUUCUCCCGGAAAGAAAAAGACUAGUGGAAAAUGAGGGGAGAAUAACAUUAUAAUGAAAAAGUGCAGGAGUGCCCCAAAGUAAAACAAAGUAUGAGGGCUUACUAAGCUGCAAUAAAAAAAAGAGGGGGUAGGAAAAAAGAAAAGAGUGACGAAUCCACUCUAAAAUCUCAUACUGUCCCAAUAUAUACCUCAGCACUAUAGCUAGAUUACUAGUGCCUACCUGAAUCACAAAAAAAAAAAAAAAACCUGAUGAUAUGUUAUAGUUCAUAUGUGAUAUUUUUAUACGUAUUGUAUUUAUCUUAAUGGAUUGUUGUAUUAUUGAAAACUGUUAACACUUGGAACAACAAUUUUUAUCAUUUCAGUUACAGGUAGUUGAGCAUUAAAAACACAUUUAAGGACAAAAAAAAAGACUUGAAAAAACUCUGGUGAAUUGAGGAAUAUAUCUGUAAUUGUGUUCUAUAUGUUGCCAAUUAGCUCUGAACCCACCAUUUAUAGUUUUAGGGGACAUACUUUCACCAAGGAAGAGAAAUUAUAAUGCAUUAUGGGAAUUAUAAUGCCUGACAUUUUUUGUAUUCUUGUUUUGUAGCAUUUCAAGUUUCUUCAUGUUUUAACAUCGACACGGUCAAGUUCUGGAAUUACACAACAGAGAGCAGUUCUCUUUUUGGACAGAAGGUGCUUCAGUAUCAACAUGGCACAAACAAGGGGUAAGGUUAUCUAAAAAUGCAAAUAACAUGCACAAAACAACUCUAACUUCUCAUAAUUAUGAUUUCCACAAGGUCAUUCUCCCUCACUCUUCUUUAUAUAUAAAAAUACAAAAUAAAAUGUCUUUACUAUAAAAAUACACUCAAUAGCAGGGCCAGAUUUCCCAUUAGGCAGAGUAGGUACCUGUCUACAGGUGCUGGUCCUCUAUGGGGCACAUGUUUUCAGCACCUGUGCCUUUUUGGAGUUUAAGUGGGCUGAUGGGGAGAGAGAAGUUCCAGGAGCCUUUGCCAAUGUCUGCAGCAGUCCUGUCAGCAAGGCCAGAUUUCUAUGUCAGGUACUAUUUAGCCCCCCUGGUCUCCCCUUGCCCACCUAAAUAUAGUAAAAUCUUACCUUUAUCACAGUCUGCUGCUGCUGGGUCUGCCCCUGAUCUGCCUACUUGACUGACAUAAUUUGAAGUGGGGAUCUGACCCAUCCACAUAGUAAAGCAUUGGAUUUGCUGAGAUUGUAAAGGAGGCAGAUCAAGGGCAGAGCCAGCACAAGUCAAACACCGCCAUGUCCAAUCAGCAUCUCCUUAAUUGAAUCAAUGCAUCUCUAUAAGAAAGGUUCAGUGUCUCCAUGCAGAGGGAGAAUACACUGAACGGCAGGGCUGCAUAAUAUGCAGAACUGCCCCAGAAAGCACCUCUAACAGCCAUCCGAGUAGUGGCCAGUGGAGGUGUCCCUAGUCUGUAAUGUAAACAUUGUAUUUUCUCUGAAAAAACUGUGUUUACUGCAAAAAGCCUGAAGGGAAUUAUUAUAGACGGGUUAAUGUCAGAGUUAGAUUAUAUAGGGCAUUUAGUGUUAAAAAGUUGUAGUAUAAAGGCUGUUUAAGAUGAUUGAAUUUAAGGCUAGCAUUGGGUAAAGUUAGAAAUGGGGGUACAUGAGAUUUUAUUUUUUAUGAGGAUUUAAACAUAGGAUUGAGGUUAAGGGUUUAUUUCAAGCUGUAGUUUGAAGGGUUAUUUGCAAAGUAUUCAUCCUCCUAUUUCUUGUAUAGACCAGUCAGAUUGAAAAUUUCAGAGCUACAGGAUUGGUUAUACAGUGUGCAUCACUGAGAGCUUUCACUGCAAAGCAUUUCCUGUCUGAGAGGCUGUAGUUGGCAGGUGGGAAGUGAUCCCUUUAACUUCCUGUCCAGCCUUACGCACUGACAUUGGAGGAGCUCGGACAGUUUUACACCCUCCUGCAGGUCUGCUGUUAAGGCUGACUGGACUACAGGGGUCACUGGCCACAGCUCCUGUUACUUAUCUCCCCCACCAAAUUAUUAAAAAAAAAUACUAUAGUGUCAGGAAUACAAACAUGUAUUCCUGAAAUUAUUGUUGUAGAGGCGCUUUUUAGGUUUUGGUGUCUUUAAAAAGGUAAUUCUUUAACCUGAUAUACUUUAUUAUUAUUUUUUGUUAGAUUAACUUUAACCAAGUCAAAAUAUGGUAGACAACCAUAGUAUCUUAAUCAAUUAUUGUCUUUUAAUCAAUAAAUGUCUGACUUGACAAAAACCCUUGUGUUGGAUUGAAACCUUGAUUUUAAUUUUUUUAUUUGAUGUAAUAAAGUUGCUUUUUAAAUUUUGUUUGUCAGGGUAUCCAACUGGUCUAGUAAAUUGCUUAAAUAUCAUAUUAUUUAUGCAUUGUUUUUAUAUGUCUAGUAUUUACGUGAGUUCACCUUUACAAGAUAUUAAGAAGAGAAUAUUUGAAGGGGUCUUCAAAUGCACAGUUCCUAAAGGAGGGCAAAACUUGCAUUGCGAAAAGAUGGAUCCUUUUCAAGGUACUGAGACAAGUUUGUUUUAUUUGGAUCAAUAGUAAUUGUUAAACAAUCAGAUGGAAAAGAAAAAAAUACCAAUACUGCUUAUGUAUGUUGAUUGUAUUGUAUUUGUAAUAUUUUUUUUUUUUUUUUUUUUUUAAAACAAUAUACAAUAGUAUUUUGUUCAUAAUUUGUCUCUGUCUGCAAUUUGAUGUCCGUUCGUGGUGGUUUAUUAAAAUAACACUCCUAAUACAAGCUCUUGAACUUCAGUUGUUCUCUUUUCUAUUUGAUCAAAAUGCCAAUUGUAAUAGAAAUGUGCACUUAUAUACAUUAACCUUGUUGUUACACCCCAUUGGCUGUCAAUCAGACAUCAGGACCUGUUACUUCCUGAAAGAUUAGCUCAAUGGAGCUAAACACAUGAGGUUGGCAAUUGUACAGAUUACUUGCCUUGCAAAGACUUCAUAAUGAGCUGUAAUACGGCUCAUUGAGAAGCCUGUUAUUGGACAGCCAGAGGAAGUCUGUGCUGGGGAAGAAUGGGAUAUGCAACUAUUGCAAGACUGAUUACAUAUACAUUUGAUGCUUGGUAGAACAAAUAUUUUCUGUCAGAGUAUUUUAAAUAAACAUUUUAUGAAAGAAAUCUUGAGUGCACAUUAAGCACUUGAGCAUUUAGUUUUGUCUGGACUGAGAUUCCUCUCAACUUUAUUAUUUGGCUGGAAAAAAAAAAUCCCGAUUAGGCUUUUGCUUAAAUCCCGAAAUAACCAAAAAGGCCAUUGGUCAAGCCGUUUCUGGAUUCGGGCUCUACUAUUUGACUUGCAGUAAGCAGGCAAAUAGUUACUAAAAAAACUCUUGGCGGCAUCAAAGUUAAGCAUCUGGUGACUUGCCAACUGCUUGGUAGCCAGCCACAUUAAAAAAAAGGUUAAUACAAAUUAAGAAUGGGCCUACAUAUUUAGAAAACAUCCCCCUCCUUGGCAUGCCAUGUGUGUGUGCAUAUCUACUAAACAGUGAGAAGCUAGCAACUGAUCAUAAUGAAUAAGGACUGGAACCUGCACAGAUGUUGCAGCCCAGUCGCUAAUAAGAUAUGGGGGGAGGGGCUCUGAAUGGUGUACAUUGUGUGAAAAAGGACCUUCUAAAAUAACUUUAUAUCACCAGGGUCAGCGUUUCAUAUAGGCCAACUAGAUGGCCGCCUAGGGCGCUGCUUAAAGGGGGGCACCGGAAGGAGCUUUACUGCUUUGUUCGUUUGGCUGCUCAUCUAUGUUUGAAUUGUGCUGCGGACCAUGUUUCCGUGCGCUAGGGAGCACUUACAUGGCUGCUGACUAGCACCUGGUGUAACACUGGUCUGGUGGCAUCCACAGCCUUCUUACCUAGGCCCCCCACAAAGACUCCAUUGACGCAGCAGCACAAGGGCACUUCCAUUUCUCGCUCCUGCCCCUUUCCCUGUACGUGGGGACAAGUGGGCGGGAGCAUAGCAAGGGCGGGGCUGAGACGGAGUGAAGGCAGCCAGGUGCAGGGAAGCUACAAGGAACACAUGAAAAGCAGUCAAAUAUGAAGAAAGAUAAGUGGGUCAAUGGGACAUCACAAUGUGUAUUUGUGAAAAAUUUGUGUUUGUCAAUAUGUAUGGGUCAGUGUUUGUCUAUAUCAUUCAGUGUGUGUCUGUAUGGGUCAGUGUUUGUCUGUAUGGAUCAGUGUGUGUCGGUAUGUGUGUGCAUAGGUCAGUGUGUAUCGGCAUGGGUCAGCGUGUGUAUGCAGUAUGGGUCAGUGUGUGUCUGCAUGUAUCCGUGUGUCUGUCUGAAUGUAUUAGUGUGUGUCAGUGUAUGUGUCUGCAUGGGCCAGUAUGUGUGUGCGCGUCAGCCUGCAUUCAUCAGUGUGUAUGUGUGUCUGCGUCAAUGUUCAUUCAUUCAUCAGUGUGUGUGCAUCAGUCUGCAUAGAUCAAUGUGUGUGCGUCAGUCUGCAUGGAUCAGUGUUUGUGCGUCAGUCUGCUUGGGUCAGUGUGUCAGUCUGCAUGAUUGGGUGGAGCAAAUGGGGUGACAAUUUUUUUUUUUUUGCCUAGGGUGGCAAAAUUCCUUGCACCGGCCUUGCAUUUCACUGCAUUAAAAUUUGUAGUCAGAAUUCCAUUCCUAUUAUAGGUUUAAUAAUUAAAUAAAUACAACUAUAUAUAUACUAUAUCUGUAUGUAUAUAUAUUUCAUAUAUGUGUGGAAAUCAGUGACUAUACCUAUUCACGUGCAAAUGUCAAAUUAUUGUAAGGUGUAGCAUGCAUGUUAUAGAAGGACACUGUACAAAGCACAGAAAAUAUGUUAUGGCAUGUGGAAGGCGACAAUAUUAUGUUCGUCUAUUUCUGACUGUUUUCAGUACUCUUUUGUAAUUUUAUUUGUUCUUCUUUAUACCUCAAAGCUUUUUAAUUAGUGUAUGCAGUGCAAUAGAUUUUAAGUACUUACAUUAUGUAAUAUAUUGUUUGGAUAUAUUUUGAAAGGAUUUUGAUUUGUAUUUUUUUUUUAUAUAUAUAUAUAUAUAUUUUUUUUUUAUUAUUAUUAUUUUUUAUUUUGCACAAAGUAUCUUAUUUGUAUCAGCCAUUUGGGAUUGGGACUUCAGCUGCUAAAAUUCAAGUGGAUAACAAAAUAUUUCUUCCUAGAUUUCAAUGAGAGAUGAAAGUUAAAUCAUACAUCUAUGACAGCCUAAAUGGGCACUCCAGGCACCAAAAUAACUUAAUCGAAAUGAUUGGCUGAAAGUGAUGCACAUAGCAAAUCAGUGACUCCCUAUUGACAAAACUGGCUUGGAAAAGGUAUGUUCUUUCCAAGCCAGUUUUGUGAAUGGGGAGUCACUGAUUGGCUGUGAGUGUCAGCUGACUGUUGGAGGCAACUUUGGGAUUAAUCUGUUCUAAAAUGGUUUAACUUCUGAAGGUAAAAGUGCCUCCUGGCACCAUAACAACUUCAUUGUGACAAAGUUGUUAUGGUGUCUUAUGUUGCAUAAACUGUUUAUGUUGCAUACACUUUUAGUGCUAAUUUAAUCUUUACAUGAUAUUGUGUUCUGUAAUUAUUUAUAGGAAGAAGUCAAGCUCCUAGAGUUGCGCCCUAUCCUAUUAUAUCAUUAGCCAGAAAUGCAGACAGUACUCUGGUAAGUUAUUGCAUGUAAAAUAACAAGUGGUUAAGACAGAAAAUAGUAUUAGCCAGACCAAAGUUUGUGGCUUUGUUUUACUAGAAGUUAUAAUGAAACACGUUUCAGUAGAAUUCUGCACUGUUUCAAGAAAUAAUCUGUUUGCAUGGCUGGUUUGUGACACUUACUAAUUGUGGCAGAAAAGACUUAACAAGAUGAGGUAUACAGAUUGAAUUUGAUUUUCUUUACAUUGAAACUUAAACCUUUAUAUGAUAAUACAUUCCGGCAUCGGAGUAAAUAAAACCAAUAAACUUAGAAUGAUAACGUUUCCAAAGCCACUUACAGCACACCUCUGAUUAUUUUAAGGUAUGCGCCUCAGACUGUGUUUGCAGAAUCUUUUACUGGACUUCCCUGAUAUUCACCUCAUGAAUGGUGAUGUCGCGAACCGUUCGCGAACUUCCCGCGAACGGCUCGCCACGGUUCGCCACGAACUGUUCGCGGCGAACUCCGGUCAGCUGACACAUCCCAGCCAAUCUCCAGCAGACCCCCCCUCCUAGACCCUCCCACCUCCUGGACAGCAUCCAUGUUGCCUUCGCGACAUCACUACUCAUGAACCUGGAAAUCUAAGUUUAGUGUCAAGAAAGAUUUUUCAAAUUUUUGGGAGGUAUUGGAAAUAAGUUCAAAUGCUGUUUUUCACCUUUUUUUGAACUACAGCAGAAAGAGAAAUGUGAGAAGGUUGAUGAAUGUAAGUCUUUUUUUGGCCUUUAGUAUUAUUAUGUUACUAUUGAACGAUGAGGAGUCUAUCCUAAGCAGGAUGACUGUUGUCUUUUAGACUCAAGAGUACAUUGAGAGAGAUGUCUAAAAGUUAUCUGUAUGUGCUGUGUAUGAUGAAGACAAUCACUAUGCAACAAUCUCGUCCGCACAGAGGUAAAAAUUCAUGUAGCUUUAAAAAACACUUUUAUUAAUUGGAAAAAAAAAUGCUAGUAGACAAAUGUAUAAAAGCUUACAUGAGUUUUUCAGACUCAGUGAAUUUGUGCGUGUAUAUGACCGAGUGUGUUGGACAGUGGUGGUCUGAAGCACGAGAUCGAGAUUUAACUGGGAAUGGGGAACUGGAACAUGCAUUUCUCCGCAAAGGUGCUGCCGUAAAGCCCAACAUUUAGACAAACUAUAACGAAUACAAUAAAGAAAUUGUAGAAAUAUUUAAGCUUUCCAAACUAGAGCAGAUAAUGAAGUGUCAGUUAAAACAAGCAGGUGCUAAAGGAUAAAAAAAGAACAGAUCAGGUCACGAGAAUUAAAUGUAUCUUUCCCUUCACACACAUGUACUUAACUGUCAUAAACGGAAAAGUCAUUUUGAUUUUUAUCUGAAAAACCAUAUUAAAUGAAUUAGUGUAAAUUGAUAUCAGUAUGUUACAAUGGUAGAUUAAAACAAUAAAAGUUAUUUUUUGAUUAGCUGUCCACCAAUUGUUAAACAUAUCAUGACUACAAAGACAAUGGUGGGUAACUCUUUUUAUUUAGUGGUAACCCAGUGAGUGUGGCUGUUAGUUUCCAGUUUCAUUUCAUUUUUUUUCAUUUUUUUCAUUUUUUUCAUUUUACCUCUUAAUAACUAGCUACUCUUGAUGAAAGCUCUCUAAUGCCCCCUUCAAGUUAAGUGUAUGAAGGCCCAUGCUUCCAGUCACAGUUGCAGUUCUUAUCAUCUCUCAAAGUACACAAUAAAUUUGUGGUCGGGCAGAUAAGUGAAAAUUAGUUUUCCCUCACUGUAUAUUUUGCAAUUUACAUGAGCUUCUACAGAAAGUUGAAUGCUGAUUUGGCACGGCUCAGAAAAGAACCUGAAUUAGUUAUUUAUCAAUCAUCUGGGGUAUCAUUUGAGGUGCCAGUAAUGUAUAUAAUAAUCUUUUAUAUGAAUGGAAAUCUAUUACUGCACAUUGUGUUUGUUUAGGUUUUUUUUUAAAUUGAACUUUAAUCACACACAUGAGGCUGUUGCAAACUCUAGCAAGCUAAUAGCAUAACAGUAGAUUAUAAAUUCGAGGUUAAACACACUGUGCUGUAAGGGAAGCAAAUCAAAUAUAGACUCUUUUUCAGGAAGUGUGUAGAUAGGGUGUAUGUGUCACAGCCAGGGGAUGUGUUGCUAAAACAGUGAGUUUAGCACUAAAUGGCAGAGAACUGAGCAGUAUAUAUUAUGUAUAUUAUGAAUAUACACCAAGGAAAAAUAGAGGAGCAUUGUAUUAGCAUUACAAAAAUUAUUUUAGCAAUAAAUUGAAUAGCAAUUAUAGGGAAAAUUUUAAAUAUUUUAAAAACAUAACGAAGACAUUUUCUGUAAGAUUUUAAAUGCUCCCGGUGUCUAACAGCUCCACAUAUCAAAAGAAAAACAUAUUAUAUGGACAUAGUCCAUUUCAAAUAAAAAAAAAAUAAUGUUUUUGACAUUCUUUAUUUUGUAACAUUUUGUUGUCAAUAUGGGUUACAAACUCCAUUUCAAAUUUUAACUUGAGCAGUUUGAACCACUUAAAUGAAAGCCUGACAUAUAGUGGACAAACCAAUUAUACUUAGCCACAACCACAGGAGUAUUACAACCACAAGAUAUUACAACUAAAGUAUUAAAAAAAGAUGUCUGAACUGUACAAGGGUUGUUAAUCUAAAUUUCAUAAUCUUUUUAAAGCCAUUGAGAUACUAAUUUGAAUGAUCUUUGUUUACAUUUUCAAGUGUCAAAUACGUAAAUUACAAAACAAUUUGUUAUCACCUCUAAAUCUGGAUCUAUGCAAUAAAAAGUUAUUGAUGUUAAGGGUGGCGUGUAGUGCAUUUAUGUAUUAUGCAUUUUAUCCUAUUUCCUAAUUUCUAAAUGAUGUCCUUUGCUGCUAGUGUUCAUUUUUGAAGUUUCUUGGUAUAUUCAUUCCUUAAGGAAUCCUAAGCAUUCUAAACGAAUUAGCCUAAAGUGCUUGUACCUUCCACUAUCCAUUAAAUGCUCAUUAUAUGCAUCAUUUGUACUGAUCUCAGGAAUCAAACAAUGUAAUCACUAGCACUCAGUGUAGUGGUUAUAAUGCCUAGAGUGCAUUUUUAUAGAAGCAUUUUGAUUAUGACAUCAACAAAAAUGGCUCAUUAAAUUAUAAAAACAACUAUUUAUCCAAUAACUUGAAAAGUGGAUACAUCUGAAAAAGAGAUAUACACAGAAGUAAAACAAAAAUAUUACAUACCUCUUAGCAUUUCACAUAGAUAAAGAGGGACACUUUAAAGGAACACUAUAGUCACCUAAAUUACUUUAGCUAAAUAAAGCAGUUUUAGUGUAUAGAUCAUUGCCCUGCAAUUUCACUGCUCAAUUCACUGUCAUUUAGGAGUUAAAUCACUUUGUUUCUGUUUAUGCAGCCCUAGCCACACCUCCCCUGGCUAUGAUUGACAGAGCCUGCAUGAAAAAAAAACUGGUUUCACUUUCAAACAGAUGUAAUUUACCUUAAAUAAUUGUAUCUCAAUCUCUACAUUGAACUUUAAUCACAUACAGGAGGCUCUUGCAGGGUCUAGCAAGCUAUUAACAUAGCAGGGGAUAAGAAAAUCUUAAUUAAACAGAACUUACAAUAAAGAAAGCCUAAAUAGGGCUCUCUUUACAGGAAGUGUUUAUGGAAGGUUGUGCAAGUCACAUGCAGGGAGGUGUGACUAGGGUUCAUAAACAAAGGGAUUUAACUCCUAAAUGGCAGAGGAUUGAGCAGUGAGGCUGCAGGGGCAUGUUCUAUUCACCAAAACUGCUUCAUUAAGCUAAAGUUGUUCAGGUGACUAUAGUGUCCCUUUAAAUUUAAGGGUGUGGCUGGGGGUGUGUUCAGGGUUACAGCUGUUCUGGGACAUUUUAGGUGACUUACUAACAACAAUUUAUGCAAAUAAAAUGUAAUUAAGAACAAGAACAGUUAAUAUGAUUUACACAGAUUGAUCUGAUUUUUAAAGACAUUUAUUGUAGUUUAAAGACAUAUUACAUUGUGAGUAUUACUGCGUUUAGCUCUGUUAAAAACUCAGACACACCAACAACCGAGGGACAUUAGGAUAGAAAAGAGGGAAAGAGGGAUUUGAGCCCAAAAUAGGGACUUCCGUUCCUAAACAGGGACACUUGGAACGUAUGAUAUAUCUUAAUAAUGAUAAUAUUGAGUUGUUAUUAUUAUUAUUAUUAUAUUGCCAACCUAAUUACAUAUAUUAUACAUUAGUGAAGAUUACAGGGUGGGACAUCAGUAUAAAGAAAACAGCUUAUGUUAAAGAUAAAUGACACUGUACACGCAUUUUCCAAAGUCGAUGACAUUCUGCAUAUCAUUAUAUGGAAUUUGACACUUAUAUUACAAACAAACUGAAAAUAAACAAAAGCAAUAAUUCCAUGUUUUACAGAUCUGUCAACAGAUGAAGGGUCGAAAGAACAAAAGCACUGCUGGAGAAUUAAAUGGGGAGUGCUUACUGCUUGGAAAUGGCACUGGCGUUCAAACAUUCCCCGAUCUUGCAACAACUGGUACUGAUUGCAUCCCACAUUUUACUAGUUUCCAAAUGUCUAUUAUGAAUCUGUUGACUGAAAUACAUAACUAUUUCUUUUUGAUAUGUCAUUUCUUUUUUAAUUCUAUUUGCAGCUCAUAACAAGUCCAAGGGGAAAAACACAAAUGAUAAUAAUAAUAAUAAUAAUAAUAAUAAUUAUGGCGUAGAGGAGACCACUGCAGUGAAAGGCAAGUUACAGUUAUAUUUAUAAAGAAUAUUGCACAAAAUUAUACUGUAAUAAAUUAGUUUGUUCUGUGUGUUUUUUCCAGGUUGAUUAAAAUAAGUCUUUUAUGUAUAUUUCUUCUUGGGUAAAAGGCUUGCCAUGUUAAUAUAAGUUUAUAUUAACCAAAAAUCCUAAUACGCAAUCUGACUUACGGUUUCUUCAGGUUUAUUUUUACUGUUACGGAUACAUAAUAAAACAACAAAGGAUGUUGUUCAGCAGCAGAUGGUAAUUGCUGGACUCCUGAAGGGAGAGUUAGACUCUACAUAGUUAGAGAACAGCCAGACAAGAACCCUGUGCAGCAAGCAAUGGGAAACAUCAAGACCUCGUGGUCCUUUGUCCCCUUUUCUAUAUAGCUAUGACCAUUAUGACGUCAGAAUAUCACCCUAGCCAUAUAAUGACAAGACCCCUAAUUACCACAUUCCAGAGUUCUCCUGGUAGAGCAUUACAAUGUAACAUAUGUUCUUUUUAACCCAUUAGACAUCCAUACCUACAAUGAAUAUAAAUAGGAACAUAGUAAUAUUCUACAUAUACAAACCUAAAUCUCCAGUUCUGAUGCAUAUUUCAGCUGUAUGCAGCAGCCAGGAGAGCCAGAAUCUCCGGUUUAGGUGUUUCCAUUUGUUCUCCACUUUGUAACUAUACUAUUAUUAAAGACAACGGUGGUAGUUACAAUUAGUAGCUACUACCCUUGCGUGUAACUACCACUAAGUUUAGGUAGGCUUGAACAUUUCCAAGUGCUGCCCAACAGGCACACUAUACAUCAGGAGUAGGCAACAGUCAGCACUCCUGAUAUUGUGGUCUAUAUCUCCCAUAAUACUCUUGCAGCCAUAAUGCUAUUUAUUUAUUAUUUAAAAAAUAUAUAUAUAUUUUAUAUAUUUAUUUAUUUUGCAUGGUGUGGCAUGAUGCAGAAUAUUUUGCUGUAAAAUCUUUUUUUCCUUCCUGUAUGUUUUAUCCAAUAUCACAUACAUAAAUGCACUGUAAAUAUAAACAUUACUCCAAUAAUCUAUUAACAUCUCUAUUGUCUCCUAGGAGUAGCUAUGUUGGAAGAUGCUUACAAUCUAAUCAAAUUUGUUGAGGAAAAUAUAAAUAAUAAUAACAAUAUGGAAGAUGUGGACGAUGAUGAUGAUGAUGGUAAAUUUUAUGUAUAAAUUUUUUUAUAUACUAAUAUAAUAAAAUAAAUAAACAAAAUAUAAAAGUAACUUGUUCAUGGUUAGGGAAAAGGAAAGGAGAGGGGGUAUAAGCCAUGCCCAAAGAAGCCCCCAUCCCAGUGUACGAGAGGUAUAGUUACUAAAGAAUUUAAAAUGUAUCCAGGUGUAAUAGCUUGCCAGAUUUACAGUCCAUAUAUAACAAUAUAUUUUAUUUAAAAAGGGGAAAGAAUGUCAUGUUAGUGUUUGGAGCAGACAACAGGAGAGUAUAUUAAAUGAAGUGUGAAAGGACUAGGAAGUGAUAUAGGCAGAGAAUUAGUUGACAGGUUAAAUUUUUUUCCUAACAAUGCAGAUUAGUUAGGGAUUUUUAUAUAUCGCCAGACACAAAGUAAAAGCCUAAUCAGAUUUGAUAGGGCAAUAUAAUAGCUGGGGAAGCCCUACAUAAGACAGGCAGAGAUUGUAGGCCUACUGGUGUGUGUUUAGUGUUUGUUAACUAAAAUAUGGUUGGAGGAGUUUGGUGUGGAAGAACUUGACAGGCCUAUACAGACCCCCGACAACAACCCCAUCGAACACCUUUGGAAUGAACUGGAAUGGAGAUUGUGAGGCAGACCUUCUCGUCCAACAUCAGUGCCUGACCUCACACAUAUUCUGCUGGAUGAAUGGGCAAUAUUUCCCACAGAAACACUCCAAAAUUGUGUGGAAAGCCUUCCCAGAAGAGUUUACGUUAUAGCUGCAAAGGGGAGGGUCAACUGCAUAUUAAUGUAUAUGUGUGCAUUUAUAAUGCAAUGUCAUAAAAAUCCCUGUUGGUGUAAUGGUCAGGUGUCCCUAUAGUCUAUAUUAUGGUGCAGCCAAGUAAAAAUGUGAUAUAGAUUUCUGAUGGAAACACUAAGAUACACUAAGAUACCACGGAUGAGAUUUAUCAAGGCAAAACAGCUGCUAUUCUGGGUGCAAUAUGCUUAAUGUUGAAACAUUUUCUAUUGGUUUCCAUGGUGAUUGCUCUUCAUAUAACACUUAAGCCCUGCAGUAAAACUUGUUUUGCCUUGAUAAAUCUCACACUGUAUGAACCACCCUUUUUUAGUUAAUAAUACCCAGAAAAGUACAAUUCUUUUCUUUGAUUUGAUUUCUUUAAUUAGGACUAAAUUGUGAGCCAUCUGAGGGCAAAACCUUGUAAUAAUCUUUAAAUUAGUAAUAAAACAUAAUGUCUAUUUUUGUCAUAUCAGUCACAGAGAUUGCAAUCGUUCUGGAUGGCUCAGGCAGUAUUGAAAAAGAGGAUUUCCAAAAGGCAAAGGAUUUUAUUUCCAAUAUGAUGAAAAUGUUCUGGGAGAAAUGUACACAGGUUAGCUUUGAAAACUUCCUAUUUGAUUAUUUUUCGGAUUAUUGAGAAUUUGCAUGAGUGUUCUGGCAAACGUUGUGCAUCCUUCCCUGGAAGCUCUGUUAAGGAACAUUAACACCAUUCUUGAUCCAAAGACCCCUCCUUCUCACCCUUCAUGACUUUGGCCUCAGUGACACAGCAUUUUCCUGGUUUUCUUCCUACCUCUUUGUCACGGCGCAUAGAGGGGACCCGGCAUGUCCACUCACUCACCAGGCGCCACAUGUUCCUCAGCAUCCUGGGAGACACACUGCACCUACCUCCAGCCGCCUGUAGUCCCUGUCACUCCGCAGCGGCCAGGCGCGCAAUCCCCGCUGCAGUUUCCCUAAAUGCCUCGACCACACCACGUGGGUCGUGGCGUGCAGAAGUGUCCCUGCAGACUUUAUCUGUCCGCCAGUGUGUUUCCCCUCCGGCAGAUGGAUCAGGUAACAUGUGUACCAUGACCCCCAUGCUGCUCCAGGAUUCCAUUAAAACUCUUAGAAUCCCGUGCACCCUAGUACGAGUUACCUGGAAGCAGUGUGGAGGUCAGUGGGUAUACAAACGGACAUAGUGUCCCACUCACUUAGCGGAUUUAUCUCAUCUGACCACUGGCUACCCUGUCUCCUUAUAGAGGUCCAUAGACCCCUCCUCAUGGGAGAGCCCUUAUUCCCUUUCCCCUAUAAAGACACAGAACUUCCUUGGUUCUGUGCUCAGUUGUUUUGUUCAUCCCUAGGAGUAAAGAGCCAUCUCCUAAGGCAGGCAUAGGCAACCUUCGGCACUCCAGAUGUUUUGGACUACACCUCCCAUGAUGCUUUGCCAGCAUUAUGGGUGUAAGAGCAUUAAGGGGAAUGUAGUCCAUAACAUCUGGAGUGCCGAAGGUUGCCUAUCCCUGUACAUUUGCAUAUUUGACCUCGCAUUGGAUUAACCCUUGCUACACUGAUUCUCCUUUGGACUGCAUUACCUAGUGAAGUAACUCUGGUAAAGGACUCUAUUUUCUUUAAAGACAUUUAUUUGCACAUUGAAAUAAUUACUUUACUGUUACUUUAUUUUCUGCAUAUGAAACCUGCCUUUAUGUUACAAAUAAAAGACCAGUUAAUUUGGUUACUGUGCUCGCCUCCAUCUCUGCAUCCUGACCCCAUUCACCCAGACCCAUGACACUCUCUGACCGCUCUUUUAAAACCUCCUUCUCUUUUUCCUCUUCUCGUACUGAACCUUUCUCGGUGUGAAUUCCUCAAGGCUCUGUACUGGGAGCUCUGUUCUUCUUAAGUUAAACUUCCCCUCUUGGACUCCAUAUAUCAUCUUAUGGCUUUCAGCAUCACCUGUUUGCUGAUGAUACCCAAAUCUACCUCUCCUCACCUGAUCUUUCGCCCUAUGUGCUGGAAUGUGUCAUUGACUGCCUUUCUCUUUCUGACUUUCUGACUUCGUGAUUCCUAAAACUCAACCUUUUCAAGACUGAACUCCUUGUCUUUCCUCCUCCUAAAGCUACGUCUGUGUCAGUUUCCCUUAAUGUCAAUGAAGCUAUCAUAACCUCUACGCUACAGGUGAGAUGCCUUGGUGUGCUCUUUGACUCUAACCUCUCCUUCACCCUUACAUAAAAUCUAUCAAUAUCAUGUCGCUCUCACCUUCCACAUUUCUAGAAUUUGCCCCGUUUCUAACUCAGAACGCAACAAAGAUGCUUGUCAAUGCUCUCAUUAUUUCCUGCCUUAUUAUGGUAACUCUCUGCUUGUCCACUGCAAAGUGCCAAGAUUGCCCCUCUACAGUCUGUAAUGAACGUCUCUGCCAGUCUCAUGUACCUUAUAUCUAGCAACUGUCACACCUCACCCCUCUGUCAGUGUCUACACUGGCUUCCUGUUCCAUUUUAGGAUACUGUUACAUAUUACUGUCCCAGACUCUUGGGCAUGUCCACCAUAUGUGGAACAUGGUGCAGACUGCAAAUUUAAUCUCCAGCUUGUGUUACCAGCAUGUCGGUAUUAAGUGUGCAAGUCACACUGGCACCAAAUACCACCUAUAUAGUAUUUUACGCUGCAGUACCAGAGCCUCUUGUAUAUUGUAAAAAUGUUUUUCCAAGGUCUCUAUGCCAUGUGUCUAAGACAUGCAUCACCAUUCAACGGCUCAUAGUCCAAUGCAAGCACCUUUUUACAUACAGGGAGUGCAGAAUUAUUAGGCAAAUGAGUAUUUUGACCACAUCAUCCUCUUUAUGCAUGUUGUCUUACUCCAAGCUGUAUAGGCUCGAAAGCCUACUACCAAUUAAGCAUAUUAGGUGAUGUGCAUCUCUGUAAUGAGAAGGGGUGUGGUCUAAUGACAUCAACACCCUAUAUCAGGUGUGCAUAAUUAUUAGGCAACUUCCUUUCCUUUGGCAAAAUGGGUCAAAAGAAGGACUUGACAGGCUCAGAAAAGUCAAAAAUAGUGAGAUAUCUUGCAGAGGGAUGCAGCACUCUUAAAAUUGCAAAGCUUCUGAAGCGUGAUCAUCGAACAAUCAAGCGUUUCAUUCAAAAUAGUCAACAGGGUCACAAGAAGCGUGUGGAAAAACCAAGGCGCAAAAUAACUGCCCAUGAACUGAGAAAAGUCAAGCGUGCAGCUGCCACGAUGCCACUUGCCACCAGUUUGGCCAUAUUUCAGAGCUGCAACAUCACUGGAGUGCCCAAAAGCACAAGGUGUGCAAUACUCAGAGACAUGGCCAAGGUAAGAAAGGCUGAAAGACGACCACCACUGAACAAGACACACAAGCUGAAACGUCAAGACUGGGCCAAGAAAUAUCUCAAGACUGAUUUUUCUAAGGUUUUAUGGACUGAUGAAAUGAGAGUGAGUCUUGAUGGGCCAGAUGGAUGGGCCCGUGGCUGGAUUGGUAAAGGGCAGAGAGCUCCAGUCCGACUCAGACGCCAGCAAGGUGGAGGUGGAGUACUGGUUUGGGCUGGUAUCAUCAAAGAUGAGCUUGUGGGGCCUUUUCGGGUUGAGGAUGGAGUCAAGCUCAACUCCCAGUCCUACUGCCAGUUCCUGGAAGACACCUUCUUCAAGCAGUGGUACAGGAAGAAGUCUGCAUCCUUCAAGAAAAACAUGAUUUUCAUGCAGGACAAUGCUCCAUCACACGCGUCCAAGUACUCCACAGCGUGGCUGGCAAGAAAGGGUAUAAAAGAAGAAAAUCUAAUGACAUGGCCUCCUUGUUCACCUGAUCUGAACCCCAUUGAGAACCUGUGGUCCAUCAUCAAAUGUGAGAUUUACAAGGAGGGAAAACAGUACACCUCUCUGAACAGUGUCUGGGAGGCUGUGGUUGCUGCUGCACGCAAUGUUGAUGGUGAACAGAUCAAAACACUGACAGAAUCCAUGGAUGGCAGGCUUUUGAGUGUCCUUGCAAAGAAAGGUGGCUAUAUUGGUCACUGAUUUGUUUUUGUUUUGUUUUUGAAUGUCAGAAAUGUAUAUUUGUGAAUGUUGAGAUGUUAUAUUGGUUUCACUGGUAAUAAUAAAUAAUUGAAAUGGGUAUAUAUUUGUUUUUUGUUAAGUUGCCUAAUAAUUAUGCACAGUAAUAGUCACCUGCACACACAGAUAUCCCCCUAACAUAGCUAAAACUAAAAACAAACUAAAAACUACUUCCAAAAAUAUUCAGCUUUGAUAUUAAUGAGUUUUUUGGGUUCAUUGAGAACAUGGUUGUUGUUCAAUAAUAAAAUUAAUCCUCAAAAAUACAACUUGCCUAAUAAUUCUGCACUCCCUGUAUAAGUAUGGGUAUUUUUUGUGCACAUUCACCUCGGGUGUAUCACUUUUUUUUUAGUUAACUUUAUAAUAUGAUCAUAGAAUAGGGAAUCCCAGGCCUUGAUUUCAGUGUAGCUGUAAAUUCAUUGAUUAACUUGAUAGAAUUGCAUCGAAAUAAGUAUUUUAAGUUUUCUAUGGCUCUAAUUCCUAGGAAUGUCAGCAAGUCCAAUCUCCAAUCAAAGGUUGGAUGUCCGUAAGCGCUACCUCUCGCAUUCCCAAUACCUGAGUUUUGGUCAUGUUAAGCUUGUAAUAGGAUUGUAAGCUAUACUCUCCACAUUUCUUAAUCAGUUUAAUGAGAGACAUGCAUUGUCAUAGGUUCAAUUUGUAUUCUUUUUCAUCUAAUUAUACAGUAUUCCAAAUAUAUUGGCAUUAGCAAAUAGACCAUGUGAUACACUGUUUAGCCAUAGAUUAACAGAACUUAUCAUUAAGGGUUUUUUAUAGACAGGCUUACAUAAAGUCACAAAAUAGACCUAUAGUUUGUAAAAAGACUGGUUACAAAAGGUUUAAAACAUUACACAAAUAUUUUUUUCAGCUGGGAGUUGCUAUGAUGCUAAAUAUUUAAAUUACAAGUGACUAAUAAUAUACCAUCCAGAGGCAACAGCUUGUCUUUCAUUUAUUGCUAGUUGCUAUUGUCCACAUUUUGACAUUUUUGUAAAUAUGUUCAGGGUUUCAGAUGGGACAGUGCAUUUCACUGAAACUUUACGUUAACACUCAUGAGCAUCUUAUGUUAUCCCUGCUCAUAACAUCACUCUUUAUCAAUCUUUAUCUGCUGUAUAUGAUUAUUUUGUUCUUUGCAGUGUGACUUUGCUGUUGUUCAGUAUGGUGAUGUGAUCCAAAAAGAAUUUGAUCUGCAGGAAAGCCGACAAGAUAGCAACCAUGCAUUACAAACGGUUCAACAAACAGAACAAGUAGGAAAUGUAACCAAGACAGCUUCAGCUCUUCAAUAUGUACUGUAAGUAUAGUUAAAAAAAACCUAAUUUAGAAAUCACUGAAAAAUACAAACAAAUAAAAAACACACAAGGAAUUGUAAGGAAGGAACCAAUUACAAACAGACCAGAAAAUUUGCUGCUUUAUUGAAUAACUAUAAUUUCCUCUAUUGUUUAUAUUCAUUGUACAUAUACUUAUAGAUAAUUAACAUGUGUUAUCUUGAAGGCACAUUGUAAGGUACAUCAUAUCAUUAGUUACAUCACUGUACUUAAUGUUCCAGAAAAUAAUCUCAAUUAUUAUUUUAUUUAAAUAGAGAUAACAUUUUUAAUGAAGCCAGUGGUUCCAAACCAAAAGCCAAGAAAAUUAUCCUGGUGUUGACAGAUGGUGACAUAUUUAUGGAUCCAUUAAACUUAACAACAGUCAUCAAUUCACCAAAAAUGAAAGAUGUUGAACGUUUUGCGAUAGGGGUAAGUGCUUCUUCAGCAUAAGAAAAGUUAUAGUAAAAAAAAUAUUAUAUAACCGUGAAUUUAAUUUAUGAAUACAUGCUUGACAUGAAAGGAAAGCAGCUAUUUAUUUUUCUUACAGGGUUUUUUACAAAAGCGAGGACUGCUAGGAAUUCAAAGUGAAUGUUAUUCACUUUAAUUUAAAAAUUAAGGCCAAAGUAAGACGGAAACAUUUUCCAAGUGUACCCAGUUUUGGAUCAAUAUCUGAAUUUCAGUUUGAAUUUGCUUAAAAAUUCCAAACUAUUUUCACUCUCGUGAAUAACUGUUAGAUAAAAUGUUUACAUGUCAAAAUAAAAGUAAUGUUAGCAGUAAUGUAAAACAACUUACUAUUCAGUUUCAAAACUACUCAUUUUAAUGUUCCUUAUGAAAGUGACAAGAGGCCACUUAAUUUCCUGUGAUCGAUUCCUACUAAAAUCUGCAUCUAAUUCCACUUUGAGUUAUGGAUCCUAUUUCUGUUUGAAAGUAACAGACAUGCUAACCUGACUAUCCUGAGGCUGAAUACUACUACUAAUAGUGGUUGUUAUUAUUAUUAUUAUUAUUAUUAUUAUUAUUAUUGGCAUUUAUAUAGCGCCAACAGGUUCCGUAACACUUUACAAUAUUAUAAGGUGGGUGGAUUUAACUAUAAAUAGGACAAUUACUAAAAAAAAACAAAAAAAACUUACAGGAACGAUAGGUUCAAGAAGACCCUGUUCAAACGAGCUUACAGUCUAUGGGUUAACUCUGGUGCUGGUGACGCAGGUGGUGGUGAUGGUGCUAGUGGCGUCACAGGCAUGAAUAGUCCUCAUGGCCAAAGAAGAGGUGUUAGGACACUAAGAUGUCAUGGCACAAUUGCUGAUAGUGGUUUGAGGAACACAAACUCUACCCUCUCUCAGUUUCUUUUUUGGAUUAGAACAUAAUAAUUGAUGAUAGGUUUGUUUUUAUUAUUAGUAUAAAUUGGGAUAUGAAUUUUUAUUGUGUAAACUAACACAGCUUUAUUAAGCCAAAGUUAAUGUUUGUGUUGAAAAAUGGGUUGCUUGUUGCUGCUUGGUGGAUUAACUACGACUGUAAUGUUAUUGUGUUUGACUGGACGAUUAAACACUACAAUCAUCAAAGCAUACAGUGCUCGCACACUUGCAGAGCACACAGUUAAAGAAAAAAGGCUUUUAAAAUUGAUUCUUUAAAGGACCACUAUAGUGCCAGGAAAACAAACUUGUUUUCCUGGCACUAUAGGGUCUUUAGGCCCCUGCCCCCCCACCCUCAGGGCCUCCCCCCACUGGGCUGAAGGGGUUAAAAACCCUGAGCCACUUACCUUUCUCCAGCACCGGGCUCCCUCGGUGUUGGGGAACUCUCCUCCUCCUGCUGACGUCAGAUCUGAAUGCGCAUGCGCAUUCAAACCACCCAUAGGAAAGCAUUGCUCAAUGCUUUCCUAUUGACGCCCAGCGUCUUCUCACUGUGAUUUUCAGUGAUUGAGAAUCGAGGAAGCACCACUAGCGGCUGUCAGUGAGACAGCCACUAGAGGCUAGAUUAACCCUCAGUAAAACUGCUAUGUUUUCAGCUGCAGGGUUAAAACUAGAGGGACCUGGCACCCAGACCACUUCAUUGAGCUGAAGUGUUCUGGGUACCUAUAGUGGUCCUUUAGUGAUGCUGUAUCCUGCCUGCAACACUACUAUUGCUGCUGCACACUGGCCUGAACACUGAAAAAAAAGGAUUUUGUUUGGACAGAUAGUAAACAUCUGCUGUCCUCAGUGCAGAAUUCACUUGGUAGUAAAGUUCUGCAUACUAUAUUGCAAUUUGCAAAGCACAAGCAGUGGCAAUGAAACACUGUAAAUCAAAUAAUCUGUCUCUCAAAAGAAAAAAAAAUAAGGCACUGGUAGUAGCUAGGCACAGGAAGAACCUAACCACCUCAUUAGUCUCACAUUAGGAUGAAUGACAAUCUCCCACUGCCAUAGAGGAACAGCAAUGAUUAAACACACAAUCCCUGCUGAAGCUGACGUCAAAGUGUCUGAAAUAAUUCUUCUCAUAAAUAUAUAGAUUCUUUCACUGCUCCUCCUUUUUUUUGUCUGUAUUCAUCACUAAACAUGUGCAAUUCGUUUUAUUCCGAAAGUCCUGAAUUGCCGAAGUGCCGAAUUUCGAAAGUGCCGAAGUGCUUUGGAUUUCUGAAAAGUGGUAAAACAAGAGAGGGAGGGAAAAUUAUGUGAAUGAUGAUAAGAAUCUAGACCAAUAAGCUAAUUCCUGGCACUAGGAGCCCUAUACAUGUGUAAGUGGUUCUGGUGGCAGUCCGGGCACCUACCCCUAACCCUACCACUACUGCUACCCUAACCUUAACCUGUGAGUUAGGGGUAGGGUUAGGGAUAGGGUUAGUGUUAUGGGUAGGGUUAGGGAAGGGGUUAGUGAGCCCUACAGAUGUGUAAGUGGUUGCGGUGGCAAGAAAGGGAUGCUUACGAAUGUCCGAAUUGAAGAAGUCCCUAAGUCCCGAAUUGCAGAAGUCCCAAACCGAACCAAUGUGCUGAAUUGCCGAAGUGCCGAAUUGCCAAAGUCCCAAAUUUCGUAAGUGCCGAACUGAACCAAAUUUUUUGGCCAUGCACAUCCCUAUUCGUCACUUGUCACUUAAACUGUGAAUAAAAUCUACAUUUAGGAGCUCUCCCAUAGCCAGAAGUCAUAUUUUUUUUCCACAAUUUGUACAUUUUCAUCAAAAUAACAUUUAGAGACAACCAUAUCUAUAUAUCUUAUGGUCUUUAGCUUUUCUGCCAAUAUAUUGACAAGUUUUGCAUAAACUUUGUGUUCCUCCAGUAAGACGAAUGAACGUGUUUUUGUAGGAUACUGAAUGUCAUCACUUUUCAUUACAGGUUGGAGAUGCUUUUAACAAGUCAAAGGCAUUGGAUGAGCUGAAGCGUAUCGCAUCUCAAGAGGAUGGUCAUGUCAUACGUGUUGAAGAUUAUUCAGCACUACAAGGACUUCUUUCCUCCCUGCAGCAGAAGAUAAUUGGUAUAGAAGGUAAAAACACAUCAGCAUCAGUUAGGAAGCUUAUGUAUGCUCAGAAAAAGGUAUAUGAUAUAACUGAGAUUAUUCACUACGGGCAACUAAUUCCUCUAUCCAUUUGCGAGCUGGAAUAUGUUUGCCAUAUUUUGGGGGGGUCGAGGACCUUUGUUCAGGAAAUUAACUUGAAGAAACCAGCUUGAUCUUAAGUUUUGUUAAAUUUAGCAGCUUGUCACAGGUGACAGUUUAUUUUGGAUUCCACAUUUUAUCCAACUUCAUCUUGCUUUGUCUCUUUAGAAUAUACCUGGCAGUGCCAGGCUGGGGGGGGGGCUAAAAUGUUUUAAUGUAUUGCAAUCGUGGAGCCACAGUAUUUAAAGUAAUUAAAGGAGCUAUGAGCAGAGCUCACUAGUUGUGAGAUAAUGUAAUUAUACACUUUAUUCAUUUUUCUGUAGGUACAAAAGGUGACAAAUUGGAAUUUGACUUGGCAGAGAUUGGAUUUGCAGUACAUGCAAGAAACAAGGUACAGUUAGAAAGUCCAGAGAAUUUAAUUUGCAACCCCUAUGUUUAACCCUAGAACUUUACAAAACACCUCUAAACUUGUACAUGGGUGCUACUGUUGUACUCAGGAGACUUGGCUGAACACAAAUAUUAGUGUUUCCAAACUGUAAAAUGUAUUACAAUGGUGAUAUAAUCAGCAAAAGUUACGGUUUUGAUUUAAAAAUUCAAAAAACAAAUAUGAACGCUAGUUUUGGCCAGCGUUUGUGACUAAGUGGCUACUACAGAAGACUGGACAUACCCCAUUUUAAAUACCCUGGGUUGUCUCCUUUUUUAAAUGGUAUGUCAUGAUGGGGGUAAUUUUCAUUCAUGGGCUACCAUAUGGUCUCAAAGGCAACAAAACUAAUCUAGUAAAUUUCAAAUUUCAAUUCUCUCCUGGUGCUCCUCCUACCUCUCCCAGCGCUCUUUCAGUGUUUCUUUACUGCGCUGAGCCCAAAACCUACGCCUAUCCUCUGAUGCUCGCCUUCAAGACUUCUCCAGGGAUGCACCUAUUCUGUGGAACUCCCUUCCCUCCUCAAUCAGACUUUCACCCAGCCUCUACUCCUUCAAAAAAUCUUUGAAAACUCACUUCUUCAUUAAAGCGUAUCAAUUAAACUGUCAGCAGGUUUCUCAUCCCCCACCCCAUGACUUCUUUCCUGCAACUGUCAAAAAUGACCUACCAAGCACUCAAUAAACCCUUCUCUAACAAACUAUUUAAUUCCCCUACUUUAACCCUUUGUGUCACCAUACCCCACUCCCUCUAGUAUGUAAGCUCAUCGAGCAGGGCCCUCAACCCCCUCUGUUCCUGUACGUCCAGUGGUCUGAACUCAAUCAUGUGUCUGUUAGUCCACACAAUGUACAGCGCUACGGAAUUUGUUGGCGCUAUAUAAAUAAUAAAAUAAUAAUAAUAAUGUGCAAAAAACGGAAAUGGGCAAGUCUUAUAUUCAACCCUGUAAGUUUUCAAAACACUAUGAAACCUGGACAUGAGGAGCACUGUUGUACUCAUGAGACUGUCACGGCUCUGGACAUCUCCACCGGCGUGGCUGCACCCAAACAAAGCAGCCACGCCAUCAGAGAUGUUUCAAACUUACCUUGGGCUCAGCGGGCAGCUACCCGGUCUCCCUCUGUUCCUGUCCCCAGCGGGUGUGACGCUGUUAGGAACGUCGGUCGCUGCGGAUCGGACUUUUAUAAGAAACUUACCUUACAUCAAAGAUGGCGCCGACAUGCCUGCAACGUCACGUCAUAGACGAACACACACGUUUUGGGGUCAGAGGUCAGAAACAGCCAAUUACAGCCUGAGGAGGGUUAUUUAAACCCAAAUUACCUUUUUGUCAGUGCCCUGUCGUGGUUUCUACUAGCUGGAUAUCUGAGAGUGUGUUCAUGAUUGCGUUUUUCUGGUAUUUGACUUAGGCUUUAUUUUGACUUCCCUUAUUUCUGGUAUCCAUGACUUCUGGCUUUUCUCAUCGUUGUGUCUCAUUCUGUGUCCCUGACCUCGGAAAGUAUUUUGACUAUUCUGCGGUACGUUAAGUCCGGCCAUUCUAAGGUCCGGUUAAAAGUUAUCCUUAGUCCUAGGUGUGAUACUAUUCUGUGUGCUGGAUCAACUAUAAUCCUGACAGAAACAUCAAAUGACAGGUUCACAUAUACACACAGUCUGACAGGCUCCCACACACUCUUGACAGGCUCACACACACUCUUAUGCUGACAACAGGCUCGCAUGCACAAACUCUGACAGGUGCUCACACACAUAUACACACACUCUGAUAAGCUCUCUCUCAGGUACACACAUACACACACUCUGACAGGCUCUCUCUCAGGCACACAUAUACACACUCUGACAGGCACACACAGACUCUGACAGGCUCAUUCUCACAAACACGCACACACCCACACUCACUCUGAUAGGCUCACACACACAUUUUUGUUUUAAUUGAAACCCACUCAGCCUACCUACCUUUGGGAGAGCUGAGUGGGUCUUUCCCUGGGGUCAAGUGGGGCUGCUCUCUUCCUGUGUGCGAAGGAGCAGUACUCUGCCUGUAGCGCAUCUCUGCUCCCUCGUGCUCUGUAAUGAUGCCGGGGCCGGAAUGACAUAUUUCAGCUUCCGGCAUCAUUAAACAGCGCUAGAGAGCAGGCAGAGUACUACUCCCUCGCGCGCUGCCCACAUUGGUCCCGCUGGGUAAAAGCUACCUUGGCAGCCACACUAACUGGCGCCUGGGAUUUGUCAAGCCCUACAUACGAAAGCAUGGAGCGAUCGCAUCAUGCCAAGCUCAGGGUUGUUGGCCAGAAUGCAUGAUUGGCAAGCAACCUGUCAUGCAUUUGCACCAGGCUGACUUUCUAAUUAUUUGGGCAGCCCCCCCCCCCCCACCCCCCCACUUUUUUUGGCAUGUUCGCCUCUUUGGGCGGUUCUGGUUACGUGACUCGCGUCAGUGGCCUAACCUUUUACCCCGCUCACCGAAGUCAUGCUUCACCGGACACUGCUGUUAGGGGAGAUUAGCAUAGAGUAUGUGUUUUCUUAUAGCUAUAUCCUGUGAGUUUCCCUCCAUCACCACCUCCGCCAGAUACAUGACGCUUGGGAGGUAUGACUUUUAGUGUUUUAUGUUAAGAUUUUGUAAUUAGGCCCAUCAUAAUUGUCAGCACCAGGCCCAAUGGGCUCUAAAUCUAGCCGUGCAGGGUGGAAUAAUAUAAAACAUUUCUACACCAUGCUUGCAGAAUCUGUAAUUUUGUGUCAGCAAAGUAGCUAGUUUUAGCUAGCUAGCUCAAUGUAACAUUUAUAAUGUUAAUCCUUUCAUUAUUGAGCACUUUGUGAUUGAAACAAUAUUAGCAUAACAUUUAUUUGAAGGAAGGGAUGCAUAGCUAGUAUACUAUAAACAUAUAAAAUCACACUUUUGUGUAUAAAUUGCUUUUCUGACAAAGGUAAAAAGUGAAAUGAUGUUAAUUUCAAUUUGUAUCAAAACAAUUUGUAUUUUUCACCUUUUCAUUCAGCUUUUAUAAAAAUAAAAAAUAAAUUGUGAAAUGAAAAGCUUUAGUUUAUACACUACAUGGAGUUGUUAGCAUAAACUUAAAUAUGCAAUUUUUAUCAUGUACAACAGGUGUUACACAAAUAGACAAAUAAAAAUAAUUUAAAACCUUCCUUAUAGGCAUUUGUAAGGACCUUGAUGGCAUUAUUAUCAGUACAGCUUACUAAGAACAGUAACAAGAUGUAAAAAGAUGUCUGCAUUUGAGCUCUAUGCCCACAUACAGAAAAUAUAGUUUAAGCAUAUAUAAAAUAAAGGUAUUACAACUGCUAUAGCAAUCUUUAUCAAUCUCUAGAAUGGUAAUGUAAUACUUACACUGAAAUGUUUGUCUAUUAAUUUCUUCCUGACUGUAGGAAUGAUAUGACCCAUUUAUACUUUCUAUACUAUUUGUAAGAAGGGAGUGAGCUGACUUUGUCUGCACAAUUACAGGCAUUCAAUUAGUAACCAGUAGCUAGUAGUAGAGAAAUUAAUUAUUUCAUAGGCUGGUAAUCAUUCCUAGAGUAUAAAUUAGGAUGUGUGUAGGCAUGCAAGAAGAGUCUCAACCGUGCAGUCAGCCGAUUUCCUUUAUGGAUAUGGUGUAGUGCCAUACGAGAUUGCCAUUCAGCUUGCCUGGUACCAAUAGCAUCAGGUGCGAAUUCCACAUUCAAAGCUGUUGCCCUCUCUGACCUUUUGUGUGUUCCACAUACUUGCCUCGAGGGUAGAUGUUGUGGUCACUGUCCUCACCUUCUUUGGUGUAAGUCGGGAUCUCUCUCGGGUAGUGUAGGAACCUUGGGUAUUGCUGGGAGACUCAUGUCACUUAGCUUUCUCCAAAAGGCUUCAAAUAGUGCAUCCAGCUGCAGUCGUGGUACACACGGCCUCUGCCAUUUGGAACUGAGAAAUUGCCACCAAGCACCAUAGUAAGGUCCGGAGGAGGUAGGAGGCUGAAUAAUGCUCUCUGCCGAUCACAAGAUGGAGCCCAGAUGUCAGGGCACUACAGGUAUCCCCUGCACAGGAGGUGAGUAGCAGGAUUCAACCAUGGCAGAAUAAUUGCCCCGAGAGGCGAGCAAAUCAAAGGAUUCAGUAGGUUGGCAAGGAGCUCUUACAGAAUGUGUCCUGCUGCCAUGAAAGUCAACCCGGUUUAUGAAAGAAAACAAAAUUUGGGAAAAUUCUGACUUUCUUAAAAGACCACUUUGGGCACCAAAACCAAUUACAAUUACAAUUACUUACAUAUUGCCAACACAACCCCUGCUCUGUACAAUAGGUAAAACAAGACAAAUUAUUAAUUCUAGCAAAACACAUUAGACAUAUGGGAACACUAGGUGAAGCAAGCCUUGCCCAAACAAGCUUACAAUCUAAAAGUCUGUGGAAUCAAAUGAUCUGGGUAUCUAAAAGGAUGGGGAGGGGGUUAAGGAGGAUAGAGCACCAUAGGUGGGAAACAGCAGAGUAAGGUUGUUAGAGAUGAUGAGUUAAGGGGCAAGGUACUAGACGUCUCUAAAGAAGUUGUUUUAAGGAUUGUUUUGAUGGACUGCAGGGAAGGGAAGGUUGAAUGUGGCAUGGAAAGGCAUUCCAUAAGGAUGGGGCAGCCCUGGAUAUGUCCUGCAUGCAAGGAUCUAGAAGGUACCAGAGAGGGAUAGUAACAGAUUGUUGGCUGGCUGAGAAAAGAGGCAUACUUGCUAAUGAGGGAGGAGAGAUAAGUACGAGCGUAGUUAUGGAGAACUUGGCAGGUAAGUUUGGGAACUUUUACCAAAUCCUAAAAGAAACAUAAAGCUAGUGUAGAGACUGGCAGAGGGUGAGGUUUCAGAGUAUAUAAGGUAGAAUAAAGGUUAGGGAAUUUGAGAGGGUUGAUACAAAGAAAACACCCACCACAAAGACCCUUAAGUGGAGUGCUGAGUAAUACUUACCCCUAAACUUAGAGGUAUCCGAUAAUCCCAAAGGGGUUAAAUAUGCAAGAACAAAGAGGAACAUUUUCCCAGUAGUAGAGUAUGUCAAAAUAUUGUACAUAAAAGAUACAAAUGAUAACAAUUUACACUCACAAGUGAAGAGCCAAGUGGGGGACUUGCUCAAAUCACGUAAGCCUUGGUGUAAAAUGGGAGACACCUUCCCUCUUUAUUUUCUUUCUUCAAAUACAUAGAAGAAAACACACAAAGAAAAUAUCUUCCUGGUGAAGUAUGUUAGAGCAGGUUUACACAAGUAAAUGUACCAAGUGGUAUAUUGCUCACCUUUUCCAGAGCCAAAACUGUAUACCUGGCUCUGGUUAAAACAGCUUGUUACCCACUGAGGGGGGUACAUCUUCUUUCGAGGUAGAUGAAGGUAGCAACAGAAUUUGGUUAAAAGAUCCAAUUCCUGUCUGACUCUGUCCUCUCUUGGUUUUCCUCCUAUCUCUCCCAACGCUCAUUCAGUGUCUCCUUUUCCAAGGAUACCUCCUCCCCUCGUCCUGUCUCGGUUGGAGUUCCCUAAGGGUCUGUCCUUGGUCCCCUUCUAUUUUCUCUUUAUACUGCCUCUCUUGGUGAACUUAUUGCCUCUUUUGGAUUCCACUACCACCUGUAUGCUGAUGAUACUCAGAUAUACCUCUCCUCCCCGGACCUCUCCCCUGCCGUCCUGCAACGUGUCACUGCUUGCCUUUCUUCCAUCUCUGACUGGAUGUCCUCACGCUUUCUAAAACUUAACUUCUCUAAAACUGAACUCCUUGUAUUUCCUCCUCCUAAUACUGAUCCUCCUCUCUCGCUCUCCCUUCAAGUCAGUGAUAUCCACAUAAGUCCAUCCCUGCAAGCACGCUGUCUUGGCGUCAUACUUGACUCUGGUCUCACCUUUGAGUCUCACAUCCAGUUUGUUGCCAAGUCCUGUAGGUUCCAACUCAAAAACACAGCCCGCAUCCGCCCCUUUCUUACACAAGAUGCUACCAAGGAGCGUGUCCAGGCUCUAGUAAUUUCCCGCAUGGAUUACUGUAACCCUCUCCUGAUUGGUCUCCCCAAAAGCCGUAUUGCCCCGCUACAGUCUGUAAUGAAUGCUGCAGCUAGACUGAUUUUCCUCUCUAGUCGAUCCUCUUACACCUCACCCCUCUGCCAGUCCUUACAUUGGCUCCCUGUAUGCUAUAGGAGUCAAUUCAAAGUGCUAACCCAUACAUUUAAAGCACUGAACAAUUCUAGCCCCUCUUAUAUCUCUUCACUAAUCCAUAGAUAUGCCCCUCCUUGUACCCUCCGCUCUGCCCGUGACCACCUCCUGACCGCUGCUCGCACCUGUACGGCCAACUCGCGCUUGCAGGACCUCUCGCGGGUGGCUCCUUUCCUAUGGAAUAGCUUGCCUACUGCCAUCAGACUCUCCCCUAGUCUUCAAUCAUUUAAGAAGGGCCUUAAAACCCAUCUCUUCAGGAAAGCUUAUGGCUUCCCAGUGUAAUCUCUACCUUACAUACCUGUCUCCUGCUCUCUCCUAUGGGACAGUGCUUUGCUCUCUCCUCCAGCUCUGCUUCACUCCUACUUGAUAUUUCCUGUCCUAAUGUUUCUAAUACCCCACCUCCUAUAGUUGUUUGAGCAAGGUCCUCUUCAACCUAUUGUUCCUGUAAGUUUUCUUGUUAUUGUCCUAUUUAUUGUUACAUCCCCCCUCUCAAAAUAUUUUAAAGCACUACGGAAUCUGUUGGCGCUAUAUAAAUGGCAAUAAUAAUAAUAAUUGAUCAAUUUAUUACAAAACAAUAAAAGUCCUUGUGCUGCAAACUUCUUCGAGACGCGUUUCGCCCUUUCCUCUGGCUUUUUUAAUCGAAGUUCAUCUCCUCCUUGUUACCUUCAUCCUUUUAAAUCCCAGGUCUGAUAUCUCAUCCGUUCGGAUCCUAAUUAACCAAUCUGGUCCGCCACUGUCUCUGGCGUCCUGUUCACAGCUGAUUGUGCUUGCCUUACUGAUUCCCGGAAGUGACGUUGCCUCCAUUCAUUACUUCAGCUAUUCGUUCGUCAUUUAUCACAUUUCAGAAUAUAUAAGUCUAGUUCAUUCAUUCAUUAUGGACUUUAUAGACGCAACCUGAGUAUUUUUCCAGCCAGUAAGCAUUGCAGGAAACAAGAGAGCAUGGGCAAGCAUUUAGCUUGUAUUUGGAGUUAGAAAGGGGCAAAUGUGACAAAUGUUUUUGAGUUGAAAGCAACAUGACUUUAUGUAAGGGGUAACAAAAAGUAAAGAACAUGCCUGCGGGGUAGAGGUUAUGAUAGCUUCAUGCGGUUGACCUGAAAGGAAACAGUGACAGAUGAAGUCUUGGAGAUAACAAAGACCAGGAGUUUGGUCUUGGAGAGGUUGAGUAUUAGGAAUCAUAAAGUCAUUCAGUCAGAGACAAAAGAAAGGCUGCAAGUAACAUGAACCACUUCAUCGUAAUGUAGUAGUUUUGGUGAAUCGCUGUUGUCUCUUUUUUUGGUUAAAUGACAAAUGAGUUUGAGUUUUCUGUAUACAACAGCUUUGAAACACAACUCAGUGGUUCAAUGGCUUUGCAUUACUUCCUGAGGUGUGUUUCAAAGCUGUUGUAUACAGCAAACACAAACUCCAAGGAAUCCAUGUUUAAAAUGUAAAAAUGGGGCAAAAAUGUGAUUCCUAAUUUGCAUAUGCCCACCCAGAAUCCCUUGCAGCAUCACUGCAAGUUUGAGAUUUCUAUGGGAAAAGCAAGUCUUAUGCAGAUCCGUGUUUAACAAUGUAUUGACUGUCCACUGACUUCAGGUGGAAGGGGUUCUCAAUCACAAUUUCCCCCACUAUAACUUUCUUGGUUUAUAAAUCAAAAUGAGACUUAACAGUUAAAAGUUUUUAUGUUAGAAAUAAACCACUAUGUAUCAGUCUUAAUAUACAAGAUUAAAAGUUUGUUUGUUUUUUUCUUCUUUUUUUCUUUAUUUUUGAAUUGGCAAUCAGGUGGAGCAACAUAUAGCACACAUUCCAUUUUGUACAUCAAGCGUUCCAAGGACAUAAAGUGAAUAAUGACAUAUUGUGCACAGUGUUGCAAUUCCUUUCUAUAAACAGUUAACAUAUGCUGCACGCAGACAACACGCACUUUAAUGCCACCAUACUUCAUUACUGCUCUGUCACCCUAUUUCCCUAUUAAAGGGACACUCCAGGCACCCAGACCACUUCUGCCCAUUGGAGUGGUCUGGGUGCCAACUCCCAGUACCCUUAACCCUGCAACUGUAAUUAUUGCAGUUUUCAUAAACUGCAAUAAUUACUUUGCAGGGUGAAGUCUUCCCCUAGUGGCUGUCUACUAGACUGCCACUAGAGGGCACUUCCUGGUCCAUAGCACAGGUUUUCUGUGCUAUAGAGUCGCUGGACGUCCUCACGCUGUGUGAGGACCUACAGCGUCGCUAAAAUCCCCAUAGGAAAGCAUUGAAAAGCAUUUUCAAUGCUUUCCUAUGAAGAGGUCUUUUCACCCCUUCAGGAAGCAGGCAUGGGAGGUGGGAGGGAGAGGGGACGGAUUGUUUUCCUGGCACUGGAGUGUGCCUUUAACUUUACCCUUUUUUUUUUUUCUAAUUCUCUAAAUAGACUUUAGACUGUGAGAGGUACAUAAAAAAGUUAAACGUUGUCUUAACAUCGCAUUACUAAAUGACGCUACUCCGAUCUUCUAACAUUUGAUUGGAAUAUAGAUGUGAGUUCGUCUCCCGGUAGUUUUAUGUGUCCUUUGCAUUCGGAGAGGAUUAAGGAUUGUAAUUGUAAAUUACGCAUUUGCACAAUCGCAGAAGUGUGUUGUUCAUUUAAUUGCAGUAGAUUGGGCAGUACCCUAGAGAUUAAAUGAUUUAAGGAUAACUGAGACAGUCAACGUAUCUGUUAUUAAUUGGAUGUAUGUGUCCACUCUUUAAGGGUGUGUCUAAUGUAAAACGUUCCUGCAAGGGGGUUACAGAAAUUGGAGGAUGAGUAUACAAGAGAAGAGAAAAGGGAGAGUGCAGCAAGAAGACAGAACAGAAGGUAGGGGAGGAGGAGGAGGAACACUAGAGGGCAGGUGAAAGGCCAGGCAUCACUGGCUGAGUACGCCAGAGAGCACCCCAGUGCCCCGAGGACAAGUGCCUGCCCCCAAGGGUGGCGGAGGCAGCAGGUGGGGGGGGGGGGGUGGUCAGUGAGCUCCAGUGGGCUGGGAAAUAAGUAGGCUCCCCGAGAGCCUUCCAAGCGUCAUAGUUCUGUUAUUCAGAAUCUAUAUAGUUCUCCCAGGGUUCCCAUAUCUUUUUAAAGGCUGUUGUGGUCCCCCUUACUUGCGCUGUCAGUUUAUCCAUGAGAUAAUUAUCUUUAAGAUAAGGAGUACCAUAUCUAUGGGGGGUAUAGCAGGUCGAAGCCAAGUUUCUGCUAAAGCUCUUCUGGUGCCAGAUUUUAUGGAGAAGUGCUUGUUCAGCUCAAGUCCAGCCAUCUAUUGGCCUGGAAAGUAGGAAAACCCAGGGAUCCGGGUCUAAGUGUCUGUGUACGAUUUGGAAAGCGAGUGCGCUCACCUUUCUCCAGAAAUCUUGCACCAGUGGACAGCUCCACCACAUGUGGUUGUACGUUCCAUUGAUCCCACAGAGUCUCCAACAGAGAUCAAUUGGGGCC